GACUCAAAAAAUCAAUAUGAAGCAAAUUUCAACCAAAGCAAAGUUGCUCGUCAACCGUCACCGAAACACACCGCCAAGGAAGAACCAGAAACAAAGCCCCUCCCUGAGUGGAUCAACACCCGCGCGCCCAUCCCCAGCCCCCGGGGCAAGAAACAGCGCUCCCUUCAGUCACUGCCGUCGGUCGUACCCGCCGAUGACACCAUGGAGUCAGUGAAAAAAAAACUUCAAAUGCUGUCCCACGAGCCCCUCCCAGACGUCACGCUUACGCAGCAAAUGCCCAUCAUGACGAAGAAGCAGGAGGAGCAGUUCUAUAGCGGCAAAGCUGCCUCUAUAUCCUACGGGUUCACGCCCGCCAGGGUCCCCCAACCAUCACCACCGCUCAGAGUAAGAAAAGCUUCCCAAAUGUCCCUUCCGGCGGCCAUGGCGGCAGAAGAGGCCCAAAGUAGGCAACAAAAGCGAAGGUCCCUCUACGUGAGUCCUGAUGGCGAGGUGGUGCCCCAGCCCCCGUCCCCCAGGCGGGCCAGGCGGCGCGCAGGCCACACCCAGAACAGAAAGCUCAGCAACAUUAAGUCGGCCGUCAAGCGGGUGGGGGAGCCGGUGGUGAGCCUCACUGACCUGCUGGCUGCCGUGGGCCUGCAGGAGGAGGCCACCAAGCAGAAGACGGAGGAGCUGCUGACGGACGUGCUGUAUUCAGUGCACUCCCUGAUGGGCGGCACGGUGACGGGCGUGUGGAAGGUGGGCGGAGAGAGUGACCUCGGCGGCCCGUCCACACGCGGCGAGGUGCACAUGGAGCAGGUGGUGCAGCUGCUGCAGGCGGCCUUUCAGGUCAGCCAGGAGACGAUAGACCGACUCCGCGCUGACGUGCGGAGCAGACCGCCACCGGAAGUCAACCUUCAGCUGAGCAUAAAGGAGGCCAAAGACCUACGCCCAAAGACCGUCAAAGGAACGACCAACCCGUACGUGAUAGUGAUAGUGCCCAGCGGCAACGCCUCCCACAGGACCAGGCUCGAGAAAGACACACUCUGGCCAAAAUGGAAUCAAGACUUUACUUUACCCAUAUCCAAUUUCCAAAAGGAGUAUCUGCGGCUGGAGGUUUGGCACGAGCACGACCCCGUCAAGAUGCGGCACGCGCUGACGGCGGUGCGGGACAUCAAGGGCAUGAGCCGCCUGGUCCGGGGCACCACCGCUCAGGUGCAACAGCAGACAUCACAUCUGCUCGGCCAAGUCGUCGUCAAUGUUAAGGACCUGAGUGAACGAGGGGCUGACGGAUGGUUCAUGCUGGAAAAGAACGAAGAACGCUCCAAGGAACGCGGGAGCAUCCACCUCGCAGGCACCGUUACUUCGAAGGCUCCACUGGAGAACAAAAGUCGUCAGUCGUACGACGCCCUGCUGGUCCGCCUCGUGCACCACCAGCUCACCGCGACCAACAACAACAACGAGGACAGCGAAUGGUUGAGGCCUUGGGACGGCCACCUAAGUGGUCCGGGAGCAGCGUCCUUGGCACAAUACGCCAUCAUGCUUGACCUAAGCGACGCCGCCAUCCAGCUGGCGUGGUGGAAAGUGUGCAGCCCUGUUCCCAGGGCAGAUGGUGAAUGGAUUUUCUCCCGGCUGCGGAGUGUCCAGGCGGCGAUGUCCAAGAAUCUGUACCAGGAAGAGGAGAUGCUCGAGCUGCGACUCUCCUUCGCCAGGUUCGUGCGUGAUCACAAAGAGCGGCUCAAGGACCUGCACAAAGCCUUCCCGCCCUCUUCAGGCAUCAUUGCCAGGCGACAACUCUCGUUCACACUCAAAACUUUCCAGUGCAUGCAGAACCACGCAGGCACCAGGGCGUUGCUGGACAUGGAGGGCCUCCCACACCUGCAUGAGAUGGUCACCUCCUGCCUGGCCACGCACGCUAAAAACUGGUGGACGGAGGCCAUCGACGAGCUGCGGGACGUGCGGACCACCGACGAGCAGAUCUCCCACGUGAUCAACAUCCUCAAGAAGACCCAUACCUUCCUCUCCAUCGCUGCCAACACCUACAAUGCCAUCUUCAUGAAGGAGAUGAACAUUCCCUACAUGCAGACCACCUACUUGAUGGUGAGUAAAAAGAUGAACCCGUGCGUCAGGCCACUAGUCAUGAACAUCUACAAUCGUUUGCCAGCACGAGGCAACUACGAUGAGGAGGAGACGGAGGAGUGCGAGUACAGCUUGGGAGUGGGCACCUCUCUCUGGGAACUCUACAUGAACCUCGGCCGCCUCCACCAGUUGGGCGAAACCCUGCCGGAUGAGGCCCGCGCUGAGUCUGGAGUGAGGGAGUACCACCGCUGGUUCUCGCGGGGCGUCCUGCGGUGGCUGGAGUUGGCCCUCUGCCGGGCUCGAAGCAUGAUCAAAAGAGCCGUGGAGCUAGACACACUGGAGCCCCAAGAUAACUACUGUAAAUUCAGUUCCUCGGCCUCUGACACACUCGGUGUCUUCAAUGAGGUCAAGAUCUGGUGGCAGAAGCUGGCCUGGCCUGAUCCCGAGAACAGCGCCGUGGUGCUCACCAAGAUCCUGGAAGACAUCUGUUCCUGUGUGAUCUCUUACUCCAAUCUUAUUCAGGCGAAGGUAGAGGGGAUCUUCAAAGAGCAGGAGAACAUAACGCGCGUCUUUAUCACCGAGCAGAUCUGCGUCGGUUUGAACAACAUCGAGCGGGUGAGGAUGGAAAUGGUUAACCUGCCAACCCAGUUCGGCUUCCAAGAACUGCUCCUGAAAAUCCGGGCGGUAGGCAGCGGUGACUCUGCCGCCGCCCAGCUUGAGGCCACCGUGGACAGACUCAUCGUCAACGCCGUGGAGAACAUGGAGGGGAAAGUCAACGAGUUCAUCAACACUGUGUUGGAAAAGAUGAAACCGACACUGGAGCGGGCGGUGAACGAGGCGUGUGAGGCGCAGAGCAGCCGACCGCUCCUGGCCCAGGUGCUGGACCCCUCGCUGGAGCUCACCCUCGACCGAUUCAACGCCUCCAACUUCAACCGGUUCCUGUGGCGUGUGUGGGAGGUGGUCGUGGAGAUCUUCGACGCCACCGUCGUGAGGAACAGAGAGCGAAGAAAAGCCAACUACUUCGGAGGUGUGCACAGCAUCCUAGAGGCCACACUGAACUUCAUCUCCCCGCCUGACGGUAAAGGCCUCGACGAGAAGACAGCCAUGACGCCUGCCUACACGUCCCUGAUGGAGCUGCUGGAGUGUCUCAGGAUGUCAACAGAGUCCCUCAUUGCUCAGUACUACCAGGAGCGCUACGAUGAGCAGAUGGAGGAAAUCCUACCAUGCAAGGCUCGGCUCUACGUCAGGGUCCUGUUCACGAAUUCCGGGAAGCUGAUCGUGGAGGUGAUCAUGGCGAAAGACAUGGUGGUGGAGAGUGACACCAGCAGCAUCACCUCUCGCGGGGGGGGUCUUGGCGCCACCGCCCACCAGCCCGUCGACUCUUACGUGAAGGUUCAGCUGGUUCCGCAAGAGUGGUUCCCGGCCGCCCCCAUCCGCAAGACAAAGACGCAGCGCAAACAAGACCCAGCCGUUUAUGAGGAGACCUUCGAGUAUGAACUGAGCAAGAAGGAUGACGGGGUGCGCGCAGGCUUCCUCCUCCUCACCCUGAAGGACUACAACCUAGGCUUCACCAACACGUUCAUCGGGGAGGCGGUGGUGCCGUUCUCCUCGCUCCAGUGUGUCGACUCCUCCCAGGUGCACACCGUCCCCAACACCUGCUUCACCAUGACCUCCCCAGGCCUCGACAUCGGAUACAAGUCCCUGCGAGCGCUUCAAUUCAGAACCGGGGACAAAGUGGCCUCUUCAUUCAUCAAGAAAGUAUCGAAGAGACUGAUUGAGCCAAAAGCAAAGACGAGCACGCCGUUGCGGCCCGAUGAGGACAAGGCCAGGUCCAAGAGCCCUAACCUGAGGGAGAGACUUAAGUUCUCCUGAGGCGUCGGCAUCACAACAGCUGCCGAGGCUGUCAGUGGAGGGCACGGCUGCAGACGCUCCCAUUCCAGGCCAGGCGUGGAGUGAUUGUCGCCUAAGUGCCUUUCUCUCCAUCCUGUGUUGUCUACUGAAAUGAGCAACUCUACCAGCUAGACAAAAGCUGGUGGCAUCACCGGAAUUUAUCUGACGAAGCAAUGCCUGCCGAUGAAUACUUAUAAGCUCGACAUACUUAUACAGCUCGACAAUCACUCUGCUGCCAGAGCGACUUAACGAAAAGUUAAGCAUGAAAUGGGAAGAGUCUGUGCUUAACCUGAUUAUCUGUGAUCCUGUGUACAUACCGAGCAUGUCGCCGCGCCCACCGACGAGGCAGCUACGCAGCGCGGGGCCACGGCUGCCUUGGGGACUGGAGUGUGUGGUGCCGCGAUCCAGAAACAAGCGAAGAGUGGACUCUUUUGUUGCCUAAAAGCCUUCGCGUCAAUGAUGUUUUUGCAGAUUUAGAUAAUAUUGCGUCAUGUUUGUGAUAUAGACAGACAUUUCCUGAGUGCAGUGUUAAUCGUAAGAAAAUAUGUGUGCGUGCCAGUAAGCGAGCGCGCGCGCGCGUUCAUAUGUGAGUGUGUGUGUGUGUGUGUGUGUGUGUGUGUGUGUGUGUGUGUGUAUUAUCUACGGAGUCCAUUACAAAUACUUAUAGUGUGCGUGAUUUCACUUGUGUGGAGUGCUUGAAAUAUACUAUGAAUCGAUAUAUA